CGCGGGAGUGGGCGUGCUCAGUAGUGUCGCUGUGGGAAAGCGCUGGGAUCGGCAGGAGAGAGGCACGGAGUGGGAUUCCGGGGAAGCUGCCGCCGACCAAGAAUACCUUGUUCGGCCCUUACAGUUGUUGUAUAUUUUGGGUCUGACGGCUGGAACAGUUUUUGCGUGGAUUAUGUGACUACUGGUGCCUAAACCUACAAAGGGAUGCUGAGGAAGCCAUAAGACAAGAACUCACUGGCUUAAAUAUUGCUGCUUACCUGUCUGGCUUGUAUACAGAAACCAUCAGCCAAAUCAUCUCCUUGUUGCCUCAUGACACUGGUACCUCUGAAAUGAUCUGCCUUCUCCACUGACAUGAAUGUGAGCGCUAGUGGCCGCUCUGUGAGUUCCACUACCCACAAAGUUUCCCAUACCAGGCCCCAAUAAUGGUUUUGCGCUUUGGCAUUACAAAGAACUGUGACACAUUUUUGCUCAAUGUAGAUAUUUAUGUCUGUUUUAGAGCAUGACAAGCUACAGAUCCUAUCAAAAUGAUGGAGUGGAGGCCGGGGGCACAUCAAUGAAAGCUAAUGAUCUUGUUCGAGGAGCGGACUAUUAUUCCCAAAGCUUUUGGGGGCAGAACAGCAAUGGCAUGCAACAUGCUGCAGAGGGAUCCAGGUUCAGCUCAAUUACCCCAGCAAUGCCAAAAAUGGGGGUACGCGCCAGGAUCGCUGACUGGCCUCCCAAAAAGGAUACCCAGAAAGAAACAAUGACUCCUAGUCCAUCACGGGAAAUGGAAGGGUCAAAUGAUUUCCAUCCGCAAAGGAGCUUUCCUAAUGGGCAAUAUUUUCAAAGUAAUGGUGGUUCCCCAAGAUUUAGGGCUCUUCACAGGUUGCCAAGAAAAAGGUCAAAAGAUGUUGAGUUCCAAGAUGGGUGGCCCCGAUCACCAGGCAGGACGUUUAUUACACUUCGGAACCGAAGCAACAGUGAGACGACACUUAGCGAGUGUGAUGUGGAUAUUUCUAUGGAACCCAGAGGGUCAAAAUUCAGCAAUGGAAUGCCACUGUUCAGAGAGUAUGGCAGCACUUCUUCCAUCAAUGUGCAAGGUGUCUCAGAUCAGAGUUUGUAUGACAUGCUGAAAGAUUUAAGAAAUGAAAAGCAUGACAAAGGCAGCGAAUCUCCUAGCCGAAGUAGUGGCCACCUCCAUGAUGACUCGAGCACAGCUUCUAAUCUCCACUUGGUAGGAAGCUCAAGAACAGACCUCCGCAAUGGACAGUUUCAGAGAGAUGAUGGUACCUUAAAGGAUAAACAAAAAAAGCGAAACACCAAGGGGGAAACCAAUGACUCCUCCAUAUUUCGCAAACUGAGAAGCAACAAGAAUGAAAAUGAGUCGGGAAAGUCAUUCAUGGAGCCAGAUGAAAGCUCAAAGUACUGGAUUUGCCCAAAGACAUUUGCCCAUUACGAUGUGCAGAGCAUGCUAUUUGACUAUAAUGAAGUGGCAGCCAACCGAAACUACGUUGCCCAAAGACGGAACACUACAACAGGGGCCUCUGCUGCAUCAGCUGUCUCCCUAGCGGUGUCUAAAGCCUUUGGUAUGGGCAGCAUGAACCCCAGUUUCACCAGCACGGAAGACCUGAACUUUAAGGAGAACCUGGAGCAUGAUCUGGGUGACAACAACUGUAAUGAUCUCCUCCUCAGCUGUCCACAUUUUCGUAAUGAGACAGGAGGAAUGUCUGAACGUAAUGUAAGCUUCUCUAGGGCAUCUGCAGGGUCCCCAAAUGGAAGUGAAGGAGGCUUUCUGGAGCCAUCCCUUUCCAUGUAUUGUACCAACGCCAGCAUAUCUGUCUUGGAAGUCUCCAAGGAAGUACAGAAGACCCAAGGGAGAAUAAAACAGUACAGCAUUGAGCAUGUGGAUUUAGGAGCUCAGUAUUAUCAAGAGUGUUUCCACAGUAAAGAACACUGUAAUUAUUUUGGAGUGGACGAGAAGUUGGGUCCAGUCGCUGUGAGUCUGAAAAGAGACAAAUUGGAAGAAAGCAAGGAUCAUGGACCACAAUACCAGUACCGAAUCAUCUUCAGAACCAGUGAGUUGGUAACCCUGAGAGGAAUGAUCCACGAGGAUGCUGUGCCAACCACAGCUAAACAGGGUACAGUCCGUGGACUGCCUCUGAAGGAUGUCCUGGAGGCUGUCAUUCCAGAGCUUAGUAUACACAGUCUUCGCUUGGCCUUGAAUUCUUCCAAAGUGACCGAGCAGCUUCUGAAACUGGAUGAACAGGGGCUCUUCAGGAAACACAAGGUGGGCAUCCUCUACUGCAAAGCCGGCCAGAGCUCAGAGGAGGAGAUGUAUAACAAUGAAAGUGCUGGACCAGCCUUUGAGGAAUUUCUGACCUUGUUGGGGGAAAAGGUCUGUCUGAGAGGCUUCCAGAAGUAUGCUGCCCAGCUGGACACCAAAACGGAUUCCACUGGAUCACACUCAUUAUAUACCAACUACCAGGACUACGAAAUUAUGUUCCAUGUGUCUACCAUGUUGCCAUACACCCCAAACAACAGACAGCAGCUUCUUAGGAAAAGACACAUAGGAAAUGACAUUGUGACCAUCAUCUUCCAGGAGCCUGGUGCUUUACCCUUUACUCCUCAGAAUAUUCGCUCACACUUCCAGCAUGUCUUCAUCAUUAUUCGAGCCCAUGAGCCUUGCACUGAUAAUGUCUGCUACAGAGUGGCUGUAACAAGAUCCAAAGAUGUCCCUCCUUUUGGACCUCCAAUCCCCAAUGGUGUCACUUUCCGGAAAUCUGAUGUGUUCCGUGACUUUCUUCUGGCCAAAGUCAUUAAUGCAGAGAAUGCAGCACACAAGUCAGACAAAUUCCACACGAUGGCCACUCGCACAAGGCAGGAAUAUCUUAAGGACUUAGCUGAGAACUAUGUCACCAAUACGUCUAUUGAUACCACAGGCAAGUUUAACCUCAUCUCCCUGACGUCAAAGAAGAAGGAGAGGACCAGAGCACGGGCUGGUGCGGAGAUGAACAGUACUGGUGCUCUGUGCUGGCGGGUCAUGACUCAGGACUUCUCCCAGGCAGCUGAGACAGAAUGCAUUUUAGGCAUCUCAAAUGAGUUCAUGGUCUUAAUAGAGACUGCAACAAAGGAAGUGGUUUUCAAUUGUUACUGUGCUGAUGUAAUUGGCUGGACACCAGAACCGCUUUCUCUCAAGAUCUUUUAUGGUCGUGGUGACCAUAUACUUAUAAGGACACUGGAUAGUAAUGGAGAAGAUAUCCGGGAGACUGUUCAGAGGUUAAAGAUCAUGACCACAGGCUGUGAAACAGUAGACAUGACCCUUCGCCGAAAUGGACUUGGCCAGCUUGGCUUCCAUGUCAAGUAUGAUGGCACAGUAGCAGAGGUGGAGGAAUAUGGAUUUGCUUGGCAAGCUGGCCUACGGCAGGGCAGUCGACUUGUCGAAAUAUGCAAGGUGGCAGUUGUGACUCUGACCCAUGAUCAGAUGAUCGAUCUUCUUCGGACUUCUGUCACAGUGAAAGUAGUGAUUAUACCUCCUCAUGAAGAUGGGGUGCCCCGAAGGGGAUGGUCUGAGUCCCAUGAACUCAGCUCAAUGGACCACAAGGACACCGAAGGUGCUGCAUUUGGUCCCCGAGCUCCAUACCGCAGCAACACUACCUGGCAAUGGAGUGGCUCUGCUACCCACCAUGGUGCCAGUCCUUCUCAGAAGUGGGUGACUCCCAGCUAUGCACUUUCACUGAACAGGACACCCAAACAGGUUCCAGCCGUGCCUAUUCGGGAACCACAGCCACUACACAACAACAGAAGGCCGGUGAGCUAUCCAGAGACUCCUUAUAUCGCUACAUCCCCAACAGCCAUAGAUAAAGGACAGCCUUACAGACACCCCUCUGGGAGCUUCUCUACACCGACCUCCUCCGGGGGAGGAUACAACCGCUACAAACCCACUCCGGACAGGUUUAGCACACCACAACGUUCUGUACUACAGCCAGAUCCUUAUUGCAUCCAAGAUGGCAUAUCCAGCCAAGAGGUGACCUCUGACCGACAUAAAUCUGAGCCUCUCUGGCACAUCCCAUCACAGACCCGAGUGGCAUCCAAUGUGAACAAGAGACCAAACAGACAGGAACUGGCUGGCAAGAAUUCUCCGCACAGGCAUUCUAGGGGGGAGACCCAAUACUCCAGUCACUCUAGCAGUAACACUUUGUCCAGCACCGCCUCCAGUAACCAGAGCGAUGAGCGUUGGUUUGACCCUCAGGAGCAGCCCAAUGUAGACUUGGAGCCCCUAUCUAAAGGCAAUUCCAACGACAGUGGCAUUGACACCUCCCUGCCUAACUUCCUCCACUCUAAUCUAAACCAUCAGCCUCGGCGCGAUAAACUGCCAAAACCCAUGGCAUGUUCUACCUAUCCUGGCAUGCAUGACGGCUCCCGGGAAAAGAGGAAAGAGCAGUUGUCCUCCGGAAAAGGCCAUCGGCCCAAAAUGUACCCUCCUGGGAACGGACCGGGAGAGGCCUUAAACCAGUCAAGAUCCAACGCGUUUAAGACCCCAGACAUUUCCCGGAACCAGCCGAUGUCCCAGUCGAGCUCCUUCCAGCUAUCCAGCUCUGUGCCCAAAUCCUUUUUCUCCCGACAGAAUGUGAGGAAUAAGAUCCCGGCUGGCUGGAAGAAGCCAGAGGAAACACCAAAAAGACCAACCACGUUUACUGAUCCCAAAAAACAAGUUGAUAUGAACACAAAGAAUGUAUUUGGUCAACCCAGGCUUCGGGCUUCCCUGCGAGAUCUACGAUCACCUCGGAAGAAUUACAAGUCCACCAUUGAGGAUGAUCUGAAAAGACUGAUUAUUAUGGAUAAUCCGGGGCCAGAGCAGGAGCAGGAACGCAUGUCACCACAGAAGACCUUACACAGAACGCUGUCUGAUGAGAGCCUGUGCAGUGGCCGCAGAGACGCCGGAUUUGCCUGCUCUUCAGGAGUGGACUCCUCAAUGGGCAACGAUGGCUUUUUCUCCAGCGUCUACCCAACCUGUACCCUUCCUGUCCGCCGCCAGCACCAGUCCAACAUGCCCGAGAAAUCUGCCACCAUCUCUUCCUCUGAGCUGUCACUCUCUGAGAUCCGGGAUUCCAACUCCAGACAUAUGGACCCAGGAAUGAUGCCACUGCCAGACACUGCAGCUGGACUGGAAUGGUCUAGUCUAGUCUGUGCAGCCAAGGCCUUUGAAGUGCAGAGAGCUGCCUCACUGUUCUCCCUGAAUGAAGUUGCCCUGAGUCCAGUACAGAGCGGAGGCACUGCACACCUCAGCCUGGAGAGGCAGCACACGCCACGAAGCACCCCCACCUCCAGUGACGAAUUGGUUCCAGGCCUCCCUGUGAAGGUUAUGCAACUGGAAGUCAUGCUGAAACAACUUCAUACUGAUUUGCAGAAGGAGAAGCUGGACAAAGAGGCCCUGCAGGUGGAGGUGGCCAAUCUUCGAGAGAAUAACCAGCGGCUUCAGGCAGAAUCGCACUCAGCCAGUGAGCAGCUGAGGAAAUUCGCCAAAAUCAUUUCGACCACGGUGGAGAAAAAGGACCAUUAACUCCUCUGUCUUUACUGAGGUGACCGGCCCUGCCACGGUGCCAGGGCGCUGACAUAAUGGUACAUAUUGGGCAUUGCACUCUCCAGCUACGUGGGGCGCCUCUCCCUUGACAUGUCCUGCAGUGCAUUGUGGGGCUUCAUUUUUAUCAUGGAUGCAAGAUUUUACACUUUGUCACUUUGUUUGUAUCAACAACACAUUUCUUUAUGUACAGAAACAUUUUUUUUCUUGCUUUGUAGAUUUGUACAAACUACAACCCUGACGGGCGAUUAUAAAAGGAAAAAAAAAAAAAGUGGUAUUUUUUGCCUCAUUGCGUUCCCAUAAAACACCUUGCAUCAGGAAUUAUGCAAAACGUUCUCCCAGGCAAGGGCAAUGCAAAACGCUGUACCGCAAACCUCCUGGAAAAUGAUGUUAUAUAUGAAUAUAUGUUUAAAGCUGUAUAGGCAAAUGUUAUACGCGGAGGGGUAAAAAGGUGUCUGAAUGAACAGUUAGGUUUCAUACAAAUUUAUUUUAAUAUGACCCCAGUCUGACUGGGCGUGAGAGAUUUCCAUGUAUAUUUUGUUAAUAUGACAUGUAUAUAGUAAUCCAUCUGUUUUGUUAAUGGGGAAGAACUUGCCUGCAUCUUGUUGAUUU